AUGAAAAAUACGUUCUCUGCAAGUCAGGACCUCUUGUCAACAAGACGCAAAGCUCUUAAGCUGCCAGAAACUGGGAGUCAACGCGCAGUUUUCAGCAUCAAACCAACAGAUUUCUCAAUGAAGCUUUACAGCCAUCUGACCAUUUCUCAGAAGAACAAAAAGACUCUUUCAGAUGCAUCUCAGCUGAUGUUUGUAAGGAUGGGAAAGUUUCCUUCUGAUCCGAAGAGAAACCCCAAACCUCAAAACUUUACACCGAUGAGUUUCAAGAAAUACAACGUAUUUUCCAAUGUAUUUCCAAUACCUUCAGGAAUUAAAACUGCGUUUCAGAGAGAUCCAGGCAACCUGAAUUUUAAACUAAAGCAUUUAGACUCCUUGCGGACCAGCAGAUCAGAACUGAACCCAAGUUUCAGGCACAUGAAGACACAACCGGACACCUAUAAACCAGCAGAGCCUAAAUGGGGUCCGAAACUCUGUCUUCCUCCCCUGCCUUGGCCUCCAAAAUCCGCUUCUUUUACCAGACACAGAAGAAGAGGAGCAUACAGCACAUUUUUAGACCGUGUUGAGAAGAAAGUUGGUGAAUUCUGGAAAAAUGAACACUAAAGUUUUUCUUUUUAAAGUAAUUUUCAAAGUAUAUGUUAAGAAAGGCAUCUAAGAAAAAUCAACGGUCCUUGAAAAUACAUUGUCAUCCUGCAUUUUUUUGUAUUUCAGUUUAAGAGAAAAGAUAUAGCAAAGCAUUAAGUCUUUGUUGGAUCUUUGAUAUAGUUCAUCACCUCGCCUAAAUUCUUCUUGGACCUCAGCGAGUUCUGUGUUUAAAUAAACCAGAACAUGCCAUGUAACCGCCCAUAUGGGGUUCCACAGGGUUCUGUUUUAGAGCCAAUCCUGUUCUUGUUCUAUAUGCUACCUCUACCACAAACUAUUAGAGAAUAUUAAGACAUCUCUCAUCACAUUUAUGAGCAUGAUGUUCAAUAAUGUUUUUUUCAAGGUUGGAAUUUUCAGUCUUGCCAUACUUACUAAAAUCCUAGUUGGUAAACAGCCAUUAAAGAUGCAGCAGGCUCUCCACCCCACUCUUGGAUAAAAUAUGUCUGAAAAGCAUUAAAGAAAUGAUUUCAUUGGAGUAGCAUAAUUUCAAACCAAACCUUUUAAACCAAACCGGGCCUGGAUGGUGGCGCAGUUGGCAGCACUUUUGCCUUGCAGCAAGAAGAUCCUGGGUUUGACUCCUGGCCAGGGAGACACGUGAAU